UGGGACGCGCUUCUCUUCCUCCUCGCCCCGCCCCAUGGACCCGAUCGAGCUCUAAGAUAAUCAUAUGUACUCCACUCCGAGUCGGUCAUGCGGAGUACUUUGCUCACCACGUUUGCCAUGCGGAGCUCUGCCAGAGUCGGUCAACCAUGCAUAUAUAUCUCCAACUCCGAGGCCAUGUCCAUGUCCACCAAUCCACAUCGAGCUCGACGAUCGCAACGACGUAGACGUAGUACAACUUGGCCAGAUCGGAGCUAGCCAGGUCGCCUGUCACAGUCCGGCCAGGCCAACAAACAACACGCCUCGCUUCCUCCUCCUAGCCGGCGCGCGACCCGAUCCAGCAUCCCAGCUCACAACGAACCAGCCAUUAGCCAUAUACAUCUCCAAUAGACACAGUCAUCUCGAGCUCGUCAGAGCUAGCUAGCGCGGGCAGGAUGGCCGCCAUAGGCGCCUUCUUCUCGGGGCAGGUCAACCGCGUCAAGGACGUGGCGAGCCAGCAGCAGGCGCUGGCCAGGCGCCUGUCGGCCUCGGGCCAGGACUUCCCAGGGUCCGGCCACCGGCCGGCGGACCGCAAGACGUGGAUGGCGGAGCUCGGGCCGGAGCGGCUGCGGGUGCACCAGGUGGUGUGGCCGGGCACCCACAACUCCGCCACGGCCGAGAUCGGCGUGCCCUUCAUCACCCGCCCCUUCGCGCAGUGCCAGUCGCUCUCCGUCUACGACCAGCUCGCCACGGGCUGCCGCCUCCUCGACGUCCGCGUCCAGAAGGACCGCCGCGUCUGCCACGGCCCGCUCGUGGCGAGCUACACCGUCGACGUCGUCAUCGACGACGUGCGGCGGUUCCUGGCCGAGACCGUCGCGGAGGUGCUCGUCCUCGAGGUGCGCACCGAGUUCGGCCACGAGGACCCGCCGGAGUUCGCCAAGUACCUGGCGGAGCGGCUGGGCGAGCACCUGAUCCCGCAGGACGACGCCGUGUUCCGCAGGACCGUCGCGGAGCUGCUCCCGCGGCGGGUGAUCUGCGUGUGGAAGCCGCGCAACUCGCCGGCGCCGGCGCGCGGCGGGCCGCUGUGGAGCGCGGGCUACCUGCGGGACAACUGGAUCAACACGGACCUGCCGGAGAAGAAGUUGGACGGCAACCUCGCGUCGCUCGGGCAGCAGCCCGACCCGGCGGCCGCCCGGAGGCACCUGUACCGGGUGGAGAACACGCUGACGCCGCAGACCGACAACCCGGUGCUGCUCGUCGAGCCGGUCACCCGGCGCAUCCACCGCUUCGCGCGCUUCUUCAUCGCCCAGGCCUUCGCCAGGGGCCUCGGCGGAAAGCUGCAGGUGCUGUCCACCGACUUCAUCGACGGCGACUUCGUCGACGCCUGCGCCGGCGUCACCAAGGCCCGCGUCGACGGCGCCGCGUGAGACCAACGGCGAGGAUUCAUUUGUUACUGGGUCCGUCGUGGUGUGCAAACAGAGUGUGGUGUCCUUGUAGAUUUGUGCUUUCAAAACGCCUCCAUAGGCCAUAGCCAUAGGGGAGCAAGAUUCCAAUAUUUCAUAAUGGAGGAACAGGCAGUUCAAAACAGAGAGUAUAAAUCCAAGUGCAUGUAAAAUUAACCAGGACUAACGCCCUAACGAUGGCUACGCCACGAUCAACAACAAGGCAUACAUCAAGUUAAUUAA